AUGGGAUAUACAUCAAGUAUUGGUCUAUAUGUGCCUGAUUGGACAAAACUGAAUUGGUAUUCAUUGAUCAUUGGUAUUUCACUCGCUCUGUUUGCGUUUGUCACUCUUUUUAUUGAUCUUGCACCCUACUCAAAGUUUGGUAAUCGCAAAUUCGAUACAAUUCCUAGUAAGAAAGCCAUGAUUUGUUUUUAUCUCCCAAGUGUCAUUGCCUGUUUAUUUGUGCAGAAACCCGUUUUUUUUUAUUGGCAUUCCCAUUUUGACAUUGUCCAUUUAUUGAACACAUUGCAUUUCUCAAAACGAGUGUUUGAAGUAUGCUUUGUUCAUAUUUACAAGAGCAAUACCAAUAUCUUGACAAUGUUGUCUGUUAGUUCUGUCUAUACAACCACUACCCUUUUAGAUCUUUUGGUGAUUCGUCAAAUGCCUGACUAUGCUUUUUCUGAUAAAUUAUUUACUUGUGGUCUCCUCUUCUUUUUCAUAGGAGAAGCUGUCAAUACUUACCAUCACUGGGUCUUGAGACAAAUGCGUAUGAAUAACAACUCGCAAGAGAAAUACCGUCUUCCUCGGGGUGGCUUGUUUGACUAUGUGGUGGCUCCUCAUUAUAUGGGUGAACAACUCUCGUUUAUUGGAUUCAUAUUGACAAGUCAGAAUGUGGUUGCACUCGCUUUAAAGGCUUUUCCUUUGGUCUACCUGUCUAUUCGAGCCAAAAAGACACAUGCAUGGUAUAAGGCAUAUCUUACAGACAAGCAUGAAAAGGCAGAUAUACGCAAACGAAAAAACCUGAUUCCGUUUGUUUGGUAA